AUGUCUAUAUCUAAUGAAGCUCUACAAAAGCUCGCGCUUGAGAUCGAGUCGCAGGCCAUCGCAGCGCAGCAGCAAAUCGGCAUGGUUCGAACACAAAUAGCAGCCAAACAAAGAGAACAGCGCCUGCUGCGGUUGACCAUCGGCGAAGUGCAGAGCUUUUCAAGCAAUUCUGUCGUUUAUGAAGGCGUAGGGAAAAUGUUUGUUUCUCUUCCUCCCAAUACUUUGCACGAGAAAUUACAACGCCAGAUGCAGGAUCUUGAGGGCGAUGUUGAUCGACUGAACCAAAGAUUGCUGUACCUCGAGACGACACACAAGAAUAGCCGAGAGCACAUUGACCAGAUACUACGUACUCGUUGA